GGCUUUCCUUGGUCCUAAAAUUACCCGGAUCUAUGCAGGCACGAGGUAUUAAUGAAGAGCGCUAGACGAUCGAGACAACCUUCCCCCCACAAAUAAGGUCGCCCCCCAGAUUACAUAAUCCACAUACCCGCGCCGGCUAAGUGAUGUCAGGGCUAAGCCUGGCUAAGCACCGACCGUAAGAUUAUAAAAGAGGCUCCGACUUCCUUGCACAUUCCCCCAUUCCGUGGCAUCCGUUUCCUUUUUACACCAUGUCUGCCAUCUCGCGGUGCCCUUCAGAAUUACUGUGCAUAAUAUGCUCCCAUAUCUAUGCCGCAGGUAUACCUGCUUCUCCGAGCUCGUUAGAUCCUGUAGCGUUAGGUGACUAUGGCAUACCCACCGCUCUACCUUCAUCGAUGGCCCCCAGUCACUGGCCGGAGCCCCUAGUGCGCAAGGCCCUCGCUAAUUUAUGUCUCGUCAAUCACGCCUGGUACGAUGCUGCCAAACCAUGGUUAUGGCGGAGGAUAGAGGUUCGGCUGCCUCGCAGCUGGCUCGCCCUAGUGGACGAAAUAACCGGAGGAGAAGACGAAUUAAAUGCCGAACGGACUGCUAUUGCUGUUGAACAGUCGAUCCAGGCCUUCGCCGAAGCAGCCGUAGCAACGACUGCAAUGGCAGGAACCUCCUCAGACGAAGAGGCCCUCAAGAAAUGGAAGGAGUGUAUCCUCCAGACUCUUGCAGGUCCGGAUGGAUCAGUUCCUCCGGACAUCCUUACUCCCCCAGCUUCCCGUGAUCCGAGUCCGAGGCGCCUGAGGGCGAAAAGCAAGAGUCCAGCUCGCUGGAAACUGAUGCGGUCCAUAAGCGAUGCCGUGCAAGACAUAGCUGACCGUAAUGAGUUCGGCCUAUACGUUCCGAGGGUGCAUGACCCUCGACCCGGGAGGUUUGUACAGCAUAUUGACUUUAAUCAUUUUCGGACCAUCGGCAUGCGCCGUUCCGUAGAGGAAGGAGUGAACAGCCGUUUUGUCACUGGUCAGCGUGUGGAGGCAAUUCUCAAGGAAAUGCCCAACCUUACUGCAUUUGGCGCGACCGAGUAUAUGGACGGUGCAUUGACUUUGCCUGUUCUGAACGAACUUUUCUUCCGUGGCUCCUCUUCUCGUGUUCCAGGUCGCCCCUCUCGUGGGCGUGGACUAAUUGCAGUGGACCCUAACAAUACCGACGAGGAGGACCAUGAAAGAAGGCGUGACUGCAGCGAACUUGAAGCUGUAGAUUUCACGGGCUGCGUCAGUGUUGUGUUCGUGAGCGCUCUCACAGAGUUUGUCGACACCCAUUUGUCACUGGUGCCCAAUAACACAAGCGACGAGGAUCGCAGGGAUGAAAGGCGCUCCCGCCGCGCGGUACGUUUUGAAGAGGAUGGUCCGUUGACGUUCCCCGUCCUGCGACGCCUGAGUCUUCGGGGUGUCAAGUCAAUCCAGCCACCCGUCCUCAACUCGUUCGUGCUCGCUUUCCCCUCGCUCACUCACUUGGAUCUUUCUGCCACGCGAGUAACGCCUGACUUGCUUACUGCACUUGGAAACACGUCCGUCAGGCUUCGUUCCUUGUCACUUGCUCGAUGCAUCCGCCUCACCGGAGAGAGCAUCAAGACGUUCUUGAUACAAGCACCUGCCGCAGCCCAAAUUCAAGAAUUGACGCUUUACGGAGACCAGACAUUCCCCUCUCCCCUUUCCACCAGCGAUCUCGAGGAACUAUUCACACUUGCGCCUUGCUUUACCAGCGGUGAACUCAUCUAUUUGGAUCUAUCUAGCUCUCCGGUGACCGGCGAGUCGUUGAGCAAAUGGGGACCACAGCCUAAGCUCAGAUCUUUCGGGCUUUCUUAUAUUCCCGACCUACAAUUGGAGGACAUCGCUAAAUUUAUCACAAGCAAAGCCCAAAACGUAGAAAUUUUAACGUUGGUAUCCACAUCACCAGACCUGGAGUGGAGUAGGACUGGCGGGGGCAUCGAGAUACCCAGGGGUACUGCACGACAGACUUCACUUGCGUUACACUCGAAAAUCAUUUCGCCGCUGUGUACGCCUCCGCUUAUUUCGAUUCUUACGCCAGUCACGACGCAACCGCCUACCCGCGUACGGGUGAUAGAACUGUCUAUGCCAGCACUGGUCGGCCUAGGUGCCGGUGCCGGCACUUGGCGUAGUAUUCGCAGCAAGGGUGGCGAACUCAUACGCGGCCUGCCCCGCGAUCACCCUUUCCGUAUGGAAAUGAAUCGCUUGGCGGACGCCAAUGGCAAUGUCAGUAGUGGAGUAGGCUGGCAUGCUCGUAAGAUGGAGGUGCUACAUGGAUGUGGAAUGUCAGGACGUGAAGAUGGUCUUUAUGGUGCUGUCUCCUUUGCGUACCAAGGGUGAAACAAUGGGUUUUUCUUCUUCUUUCAUUCCUGAAUAUAUUUACUGUUAUGAUUGCUGGAGCUUAGUCCUAGUGACAGCCCCUCCUGCACAUAUACGCUAUCCACUGUGUUUUUAGUUGCCUUGCUAUUAGGAUAUAUGUAAUUAUCCGUGUAGAAUUGUGCUAGUCGUAGACCUUGACCAGCAGAUAAAUUAUAAAGAGUUGAGGUUUAUGGAUUU